AUGGCGACGGCGAAUUCUCCAAACACCAGCAGCAACAGCAACAACACUGAUUCCGAUGUCGAAGACACCAACCCAAACCCUAACCCUAAUUCUUCAAAUAAUAAUAACAAUGCAUUAAUUAUUUCUUCUGCUGAGUCCAGUAGCCCUUCUGUCUGCCUUCUCCGCUUCGCUGGUGACUCAGCUGCCGGCGCCUUUAUGGGCUCCAUCUUCGGCUACGGGCAGCAUGUCUGUAUGUGUUCUUUGUUGAGGCAGCUCCAAAGUUCGGGUUUGGUUAAGAAGAAAGGCUUCAAAGGAUCCUUUGGGGAAGCAGGAUCUUGUGCCAAGGUGUGA